AUGGCCUUUUUGUUUAAAUCGAAGAAACACCACCAGGGGCCCCUUCCUCCCGCGACGAGGAAUGUCCACACCUCCGAAGGCGCCCCGUCGAAUGGACCGUCGGCUAUGACCAAUGCUAAUGGCUCCAAGGACGGAAGCUUCUCGCAGACUCCAACCCCCAGCAGCAGUUACAACAACUCAUUAAAUUCCGCGGCGAGCCCGAAUAGUCCAGAUUCUGUCAGAGUGCGCCAAAGAGCUGAGUCGGAAUCACAGGUCCAACGACCACAACAGGGCCCCAAUGGAGGUCCGCAAAGUCCCAACUCUUCGCUCUAUCCCUGGUCGCAACGUCGACUUAACUUCGCUUCCCCGCAAACAACCCCAUUUCCCCGUUAUGGAGCAGCUAUCAAUGCCGUUGCUAGCAAGGAGGGCGAUAUCUAUAUGAUGGGUGGACUGAUCGAUGGGUCCACUGUCAAGGGAGAUUUGUGGAUGAUUGAAAGCAGUGGUGGGAGCCUUACUUGCUCCCAGAUUGCAACAGUCUCCGAAGGGCCAGGACCCCGAGUUGGGCAUGCCAGCUUGCUUGUUGGUAAUGCGUAUAUUGUAUUUGGAGGAGAUACAAAAAUCAACGAAACGGAUGCGUUGGACGACACACUAUAUCUUCUGAAUACUUCUUCUCGACAAUGGUCUCGUGCGAUUCCUCCAGGAGCUCGCCCCGCUGGACGGUAUGGUCAUACUCUGAAUAUCCUUGGAUCUAAGCUCUACGUGUUCGGUGGCCAGGUUGAGGGUUUCUUUUUCAAUGACCUGAUUGCAUUUGAUCUGAAUCAACUACAAAACCCGGCAAACAAGUGGGAAGUUCUAGUCCAAAAUAGCCACGAGGGCGGGCCUCCUGAAGGUCAGAUCCCUGCCGCCAGAACCAAUCACACUAUUGUCAGUCACAAUGACAAGCUUUACUUGUUUGGAGGAACGAACGGUGUGCGAUGGUUCAACGAUGUUUGGUGUUUCGAUCCUCGUGCAGGUGCGUGGGCCGAAAUUGACUGCGUUGGAUUCAUUCCAACCCCGCGAGAGGGGCAUGCAUCUGCCUUGGUUGGUGAUGUGAUGUACGUUUUUGGUGGUCGCACCGACGAGGGAAUAGACUUGGGCGAUCUUUCGGCCUUCCGCAUAUCGACUCGCCGAUGGUAUUCCUUCCAGAACAUGGGGCCAGCACCAUCUCCCAGAUCUGGUCACAGCAUGACAGCGUUUGGAAAGCAGAUUAUUGUCAUGGCUGGCGAGCCUAGCUCUGCCCCCCGGGAUGCGAAUGAGCUAAGCAUGGCAUAUAUCCUCGAUACCUCUAAGAUCCGGUACCCCAACGACUCGGGAACAACUGAACGCGGUGCUGUUCCAACAGGGAGGAAAAUCAGUGUCGACAAGCAGGGGCCUCCCUCCGGUCGAACAUCCCGAGAGGCACACAGUGCCACUCCUGACCAGUCUCGUCGUGGUCCGACACCGUCUCGCGAAAGCUUGAUCCAAGCCGCCAGCAACAAACCGCUCGACUAUGGAUCCAAUCCUAAUCUAGGACCGGGACCGGGCUCUAGACUUCCACGCGCUUCGAUUGCACAGGCACCUUCUGGACCACCUCCUCCGGGACAGGCUCCUUCUCCCGGUCCUCGCACCAAUGGCGCCCAGCCUGUAGUGAACCCUCGCAGCAAGACACCGACGAAGAUGGAUCGUGGGUAUACAGGAACUGUGGAUGUACAGGUUGCCAACGCUGAGCAAGGCGCCGAGUCACCAGUGGCCAAAGAGCACACACAGGACGCCUCUGGUUCUAUCGGUCAGCGGACCCCAACUCAACAGCAGCAAAAGAUUACUGCCAAAGCAAUGGAAACUGGUGAAGCCGCUCCGAUGAUUACUACUCCUAGUCGUCAGCGGUCAUUGCGUUCACAUCGGCAGCGUGGCUCGAUGGAUAGCGCAGAAGAGUCUGUCCUAGGCCGCCAAGUGAGCAUCGAUGGUUCUGUUGAGUCUCGAACCUUCCGCAACUCCAAGACACUCGGUGAUGAGCCUCGAUCUCCAAGACUAACUCCACACCAAGAGGCCUUAAUCAGAGAUUUGGAGGCUGCCAAGGCGCGGAACGCCUGGUACGCCUCCGAGUUGGCCCUGGCGAGAAAGGGUGGCUAUGUGCCAAACGCAUCCAGCAGCCCUGCAAUUGACGAGCGGGCUAGCGAUUCAUUAAAUGACGAAGACCGUCCUGUCGUUGAAGCAUUCCUUGGCAUGAGAGCUGAACUGGCUAAGAUGCAGGCGACAGUUGACAGACAGGCAGCCAUCGCGUCCAAGCGUAUCGCAGAAGUCGAGCACCAGCGUGAUGUAGCCGUGAGCGAGGCGGCUUAUUCUCGUGCUAGACUCGCUGCUCACGGCGGCAGCCAACGUGGAACCCCGCAACCUGAGGUUUCCCGGGACAGCGAGGACGGCGAACGCCCAACUGACAUGGGACGUCGUCUUGCAUUGGCUCUUGCAUCUCAGUCUGAACUCAAAGCCAGACUCGAUGUCCUGACUACCGAACUUCAACAGGAGAGACAGGCUAAAGAAUUGGCAGAGGACACCAACGAAGCCACCCGCAAACGUUUAGCAGAACUGGAGAUGCAAAACAACUCUUUGGAGGCAGAGAAUCUGCGUGCCGAGCUUCACCGCGCAGAGGCUUCUUCCAGGGAAGAGGCGCUGUUGCGUGCGGAGGCAGAGGCUUCUUUGAAGCAGCUUGUUCUCGAUAAGGAAGAGCUACUUUGCCAGAUUGAAGAUUAUUCCGGCCGUCUUUCCGACUUCAACACCAACUUUGGUGCCUUGAAAGAAGCAGUUGGUGCUUCCGCUGCAAAGACCGCCAUUCUCGAAAAACGAUUGGAGGAGGAGAGAGAGCGACGUGAAGGCUUGGAGAAGAAGCUCUUGCAACUCCGAUCCGAGCAUGAGGAGCGAACUACUGAGUUGGAGAACACCACUCGCCGUCUUCGUGAGGCGGAAGAGCUGGCUGAAAGCCAUUCCAAGGAAGCCGAAGCCCACAAGCUGGCUUUCGUCUCGGGUCUUGAACGUGCCUCAUCAACUGAUCUGGAUGCUUCGAUCCGGUCCCGAGCUGAUCAGCGUGUUGCUGCCCUAGAAGCUCAGAUCGAAAGGUCUAACACUCUGGCCAAGGCCAACCAGGCUGCAGCCAAUGAUGCAGCUGCGAAGUUACGCAGGGCCGAGGAACGGAUUGCUGGCCUUGAAGUUUACCAGGAGCAGGCUAGUCGGGAGGGACUACAGUUACGGAGACAGCUGCAGACGGCUUUGAAGGAAAGCCAAGCUUCCACUGCUGAGAGCAGAGAGUUGAGGGCCCAACUCGAUUCUCACCAGCGCGAGGCUGGUGCCUUGAACAUCCAGCACGCGGCUUUGAAGGACCUCUUGGGUGAACGUGGUAUCACACCUGAUACUCGCCGGUCACCUCGUCUCGAGUCUCCAGGAUCACGCUUUGGUACUCCCGAACAGAAUCGCUUACGUGAGCUCGAGCAACAGCUGUCUACCAGUAUGAAGGCUCAUGAUGAUCUGAAAUCUUCAUUUGAAUCUCGAGAGCAAGAAGCCGACCGGGCGUUCCGAGAGAAGCUGGAGCAGCUUGAGAACGACUACCAAUCCGCCGUCCACUACGUCAAGGGCACUGAGAAAAUGUUGAAACGUAUGAAGGAUGAGCUGAGCCGUCACAAGGCUCAUAAUGCAAAGUUACAGUCGGAGCUGGAACUUGCCAACAAGAGCAUCGAGGAUGCUGGCAAUCGGUCGGAGAGCUCGGCUGAAUGGGAAGUUGAGCGUUCCCAACUUCAGAAGUCUAUCGCUGAGCUGGAGCAAAACACCUCAUCUUCGAUCCAACACCUGGAGAACCAAGUUGCUCAGCUCAAGGAACAACUUACUUACGCUAGUGCUGAGAAGGAAAGAUCAUUUGCUGAGCACGAGCGCAUCAAACAAGAACUGAUGGCUACCGCCGAGCUUACACGUGCCGAACUGGAGCAGCUAAAGCAGGAAAAUGUUCAUCUUGAGACCCGGGCCUCUGAUGCAGAGCACAAAGUGAACAUGCUGUUGCAGCAAGUGGAGACCUCGGUGGGUCAUUACCGCCGCCAGUCCCAACUCAUCCAAGGUACAAAUGGCAUUUCCCGCAGCCACAGCGACGCCUCUAGCAACACCGCUGGUGGCCGAACUCGAGCAGACAGCAAUGUCUCCCAAGAUUCCACCUCUUUUCCCGAUAACCGGGGAUCUAUGGCUCUUGAUUCUCUUGCCAAUGAGCUUGAGACACUUCGCAGCCACUGGGAAAGCACCAACCGUAACUACCGUCUCAGCAGCCAGCUGGACCUGGAACGCACCCCGACCAAAGAGGACAGCAACGGUCCUGCUAUGAUGACCGACAGUCUGGCGGAGUGGCGGCGGCGCCUGGAUGAAGAAGAGCGAAUUGGCUCGGGUUCAAACAAGCCCAAGACCAUGCCCUCUGGCACUAGUGCGACCAAUGUCAUCUAA